AUUGGACUCGAUUGGUUUGAGGCUUUAGGAAUCCAGGUAACAGGGCUGCACAAAUUGCAAACAGAGACCCUAGCAGGCGUCUGCAAGGAGUUUGCAGAUGUGUUCAGCUCUGAGCUAGGAUCCUACAAGGGACCUCCAGUUUCACUAAAGCUGGAUCCAACUGUACAGCCAAUAAGGAUUAAACCUAGGAGAGUACCAUUUGCUCUUAAGAGUAAAAUUGAUACUGAACUGGACAAGUUGCUCCAGCAAGGCAUAUUAGAGCCUGUAGACUCCAGCCCGUGGGAAACUCCCAUUGUCACGCCUUUGAAGGCAAAUGGGGACAUUCGUAUUUGUGCAGACUACAAGUGCACACUAAACAAGGCCCUACAGCAACAUGCUUAUCCUGUGCCUGUAGUGAGCCACAUUUUGGCUUCUCUUAAAGAGGGUAAGAUUUUUGCUAAGCUAGACCUGGCUCAAGCGUAUCAACAGUUGCCUGUUGAUGAUGCAGCAGCAGAGGCUCAAACUAUUGUUACCCAUAGAGGGGCUUUCAAGGUGAAAAGGUUGCAGUUUGGGGUGAAUGUAGCCCCUGGCAUUUUUCAAAGCAUAAUGGAAAACACCCUGAGGGGUAUUCCUGGUGUGUGUCCUUAUUUUGAUGACGUCCUCAUCGCAGGGGACUCACCUCAAAUGCUGGCAGAAAGGUUGAGGGCUGUUUUGCUUCGUUUCCAAAGAGCAGGCCUUAAGUUAAAACAGGACAAGUGUAAGAUUGGUGUCCAUUCCACUGAUUUCCUGGGGUUCAGGAUAGGUGCUCAGGGUAUCCACCCUUCUGAUGCUAAGCUCAAAGCUAUUCAGCAGGCCCCAAGCCCUAAGUCUAAGGGUGAAUUGCAAGCCUUUUUGGGCUUAUUGAACUUCUAUCAUGCUUUUCUGCCUCAUAAAGCUGCUGUUGCUGAGCCCCUACACAGACUCUUAGAUAAAAAUGCCUGUUGGCAGUGGUCUAAGGUCCAUGAGGCUAGUUUCAAUGAGGUUAAGGCCUUGCUUACAUCCAAUGCGGUAUUAGCUCAUUUUAACAAAAAGCUGCCAGUAUGUCUGGCUUGUGAUGCUUCCCCCUAUGGUGUGGGGGCUGUGCUUAGCCAUUUGACGGCUGAUGGGACUCAGGUCCCUGUGGCAUAUUAUUCUAGGACCUUAUCUGCUGCUGAGCGUAACUAUGCUCAAAUUGACAAGGAGGCCUUGGCUAUUGUGGCUGGAAUUAAAAAAUUCCAUGAUUUUAUCUAUGGCCGCCCUUUUACAGUCUUUACUGACCACAAGCCUUUGCUGGGGUUGUUUACUACGUCCAAACAGACCCCACACAUCCUUUCCCCUCGCAUGCUGCGAUGGUCCAUUUUUUUGUCAGCUUAUGACUACUCGCUAGUUCACAAACCUGGAAAGGAAAUGGGUCAUGCUGAUGGCCUAAGUAGACUGCCCUUGCCUGCUGUGGAGCCUGAUCCUGCUGUACAUAUAUUGUCCAUUCAGGAUUUGCCGGAGUCUCCCCUUAACGCUAGGGAUGUGGCUGCUGAAACUGCCACUGAUCACAUGCUUAAAUGCGUGCUGACAUGGGUGCUGUCAGGUUGGCCUGACAGAUGCCCAGAGGAGGAUUUCCAAAGCUUUUGGGUCAAGAGGUGCGAGUUGUCCACGUUCAAUGGCUGCCUCCUCUGGGGUUCGAGAGUUGUGAUUCCGGCCUCCUUGAGGUCGAGAAUCUUAGUUUCCUUACAUGAGGGUCACCCGGGGAUUGUCCAGAUGAAAGCGCUUGCGUGCAAGCAAGCAAUCAUUGACGCCAAAGCUGCCGAAGCAGUCUUUCGUGUGAUACAGGAGGAGUGGCAGAGAAAGAAGGAACUCACAGCUAUAGAUCUCGAAGAGGCUGAAAUAGAAGCCAGUCUAGAAGCUGAGGCAAUCAAAAUGAAGAAUGAGCGAGAAAUGGAGGAAGCCAAAAUGAAGAAUGAGCGAGAAAUGGAGGAAGCCAAAAUGAAGAACGAGCGAGAAAUUGAAGCAGCUCAAUUGGAAGCAAAACGAAAAGCUAUAGCAGCUAAAAUGAGGGCCAAAAGACAAGAUGCUCAAGAAGAGCUUGAAUUUGUUCAAAGCCAACGAGAUAUGGUAGACAAAAUAGCUAGAGCGGAAGGCCUUCAGGAAACACUUCAGAACACCAUCUUCCUGCCCAAUAGGGAACAACUGGAAAACGAAGAACGACGUAGCCGAGUACAGGCCUACGUGGACAACCAAAGUACGUUACAACGUGAACAGAACCCAUCGAAUCACACCUUUGACGGCAAUCGGAUGGGUCCACCAGCAGCGGCAACGGCUCCACAGCGGGCAGAGCCACGAGAUCUUCUCAUCGUUGCUGCCCCAUUGAACCUGCCGAAUCAUACCCUUGAUGGCAACCGGAUGGGUCCACCUGCAGUGCCAACGGCCCCACAACAGAACCAGCCGUCGCUCGAGGACAAGAUUGAAAGAACUCGAGCCGAACUAGAGUCCCUGCUGCGCCAACAGGAGGCAGCAUCCCAAGGAACCACUACCCGACCCGACUACAGACGACAGUCUCGAACAUCAGCUGUGCCAGCCUACGAGGGAGCCAAUUACGCUCCCCCAGAAAGACGAGAGACACUCCAACAAGUGCGCACGCAGGAACUUGGGUCCCCUCAGCUCAAUGUCAGAGCAGAGGAGUUCAGACCAAGCCAACAAGGACCAUACGCCGAAGGAAGACACCAGCCAGACAUGGAACAAAGCAAUGUGCCAUAUCCACCCAUCUACGCUCCUUCAAGAGGUAAACUAGAUCUGGCGUCCAAAGGCGUGCACAAGUUCUCCGAUAAAGUGGGGAGGGACUACGUAUUGUGGAAGCUCACGUUCCAGGCCGCCAUUCAAGAUGAAGUAAUAACACCAAGCCAAAUGCUUGGACACAUGAAGGCAUGGCUGGGACCAGCAUCCGCACAAUUAGUAGAGAACACUCAACUAGCCCACCUAGGCGACCCAGCCACCGCCCUUCUCAAGGCGUGGGAAAGAUUCGACGAGCGGUAUGGCUUGCACGAAAUGACAGAGAGUUCGCUCUUGGAUUGCAUUUACACUUUCCCUAACAUCAAUAUCAAUGACCACACCCAGAUGUUGGAAUUCGCAGACACGCUCGCGAUGUUACAUUCUGUUCAUGAGCAGCCCAACAUGCCAAAACUCACUUGCCUCGAUCAGUUCGAGAAGCAAAGGAUUAUAGGAGAAAGCCGUUUUGAUCUGGAUGAAUGA